CCAAAAUACUAGCAGAAACCAUCCGUCAGCAGCAUCCCAGUAUAACCUUAAUUAUAGUGGAACUCCGCCGCGCGACGUUGACCGCCAAGCCAACACACGAUGGAUUCCGGCACCGAGGUGACGUUCGCCGCCUCAAACUCAUCACUGGAAUCAGGCGGCGCCGCGGAGCCGGCGGCGGCGCUGCACCUGCUGUCGCGCCAACCCUCGAGGUUCAAAGGCGUCGUGCCGCAGCCGAACGGGCGCUGGGGCGCGCAGAUCUACGACCGCCACGCCCGGGUGUGGCUCGGCACGUUCUCCGACCAGGAGAUCGCCGCGCGCGCCUACGACGUGGCUGCCGUCCGCUACCGCGGCUGCGAGGCCAUCACCAACUUCCCGGGGGAGCGCCCGUCCGCCGGCGAGCUCGCCUUCCUGGCGGCGCACUCCAAGUCGGAGAUCGUUGACAUGCUCCGGAAGCACACCUACGCCGCCGAGCUCCGCCACGGCCUGUGCCGCGGCCGCGGCAUGGGCGCGCGCGUGCAGCCGACGACGCCGUGGGCUCAGAAGCUGCUCUUCGAGAAGGUCGUGACGCCGAGCGACGUCGGCAAGCUCAGCCGCCUCGUCGUGCCCAAGCAGCACGCGGAGAAGCACUUCCCGCUGAAGCGCUCGCCGGAGAAUACCACCGGCAAUGGCGUGCUCCUCAACUUCGAGGACGGCGAGGGCAAGGUGUGGCGGUUCCGGUACUCGUACUGGAACAGCAGCCAGAGCUACGUGCUCACCAAGGGCUGGAGCCGCUUCGUCAGGGAGAAGGGCCUCCGAGCCGGCGACACCGUGGCUUUCUCCCAGCCAGUGUAUGGGCAGCAGGACAACAACAAUCAGCUGUUCAUCAACUACAGGAAGACACCUAGGAAGCAGGACGAAGCAGGCCACCCGGACGACGCGAUUGCCGCUGAGGCCCGUAGCAUCAAGCUGUUCGGCGUUGACAUUGCCGGCGGUGGAGGGCGAGAGGCGGGCGAGAAGGGCACGGCGAAUUCUUGGGAGACAUGAUAACACAUGAAGAUGCAUGAUAACUAGUGCCUGCUGCUUCUUGCAUUGUUGAUCUUCCCUAGGACCCUAGCUAGCUAGUGUGAUCAUGUAUAUAUGGUAUCUUCUCCACCAUCUUUAUUUUCUUGAUUGUUAUCGGUCCAUUUGAUGUUAAUAAAUUCAAUCCCAUGUCAUCAGCCUAGCUAGCUUAUCUAUCUUGCUAAUUAUUGCA